CCCUCCUCCAUUGAGACGAGACGAGAGGAGGAGAGGUGUAUCUCUGCCCGGCCACCCAAGCCAAGCCCCUCCCGAAUCUCUCUCUCCUCCCCUACCAUUGCCUUGCCCCCCGCUCCCCCUCCCCCACGCACACGCACAGAUCCAUCCGCGGCCAUGGCCCCCGCAAUGAGGCCGGAGCAGGAGGCGAGCUGCAAGGCCACCGAGGACCACCGCUCCGAGUUCGACGCCGCCAAGCCGCCGCCCUUCCGCAUCGGCGACGUCCGCGCCGCCGUGCCGGCCCACUGCUGGCGCAAGAGCCCCCUGCGCUCCCUCUCCUACGUCGCCCGCGACGUCGCCGUCGUGGCGGCGCUGGCCGCCGCCGCGUGGCGGGCCGACAGCUGGGCCCUCUGGCCGCUCUACUGGGCCGUCCAGGGCACCAUGUUCUGGGCGCUCUUCGUCCUCGGACACGACUGUGGUCACGGGAGCUUCUCGGACAGCGGCACGCUCAACAGCGUCGUCGGCCACCUGCUGCACACAUUUAUUCUCGUCCCGUACAAUGGCUGGAGGAUCAGCCACAGAACGCACCAUCAGAACCAUGGCCACAUCGAAAAGGACGAGUCAUGGCACCCGAUCACUGAGAAGGUGUACCAGAAAUUGGAACCACGGACAAAGACACUGCGCUUCUCAGUACCGUUCCCACUGCUGGCUUUCCCUGUUUACCUCUGGUACAGAAGCCCGGGCAAGGAGGGCUCACACUUCAAUCCGAGCAGCGAUCUGUUUACUCCCAAGGAGAGGCGUGAUGUGAUCAUCUCCACCACCUGCUGGUUCACGAUGAUUGCGCUGCUCAUCGGCAUGGCGUGUGUCUUUGGCCUGGUACCGGUGCUCAAGCUGUACGGGGUUCCAUAUAUUGUGAAUGUCAUGUGGCUUGAUUUGGUGACGUAUCUUCACCACCAUGGUCACCAGGACCUCCCAUGGUACCGCGGCGAGGAAUGGAGCUACCUCCGUGGUGGCCUGACGACCGUGGAUCGGGACUAUGGAUGGAUCAAUAACAUCCACCAUGACAUUGGCACCCAUGUCAUCCACCACCUCUUCCCCCAAAUACCUCACUACCACCUAGUAGAAGCAACCAAGGCAGCAAGGCCAGUACUGGGCAGAUACUACCGGGAGCCAGAGAAGUCAGGCCCGCUUCCAAUGCACCUCAUCACCGUCCUCCUCAAGAGCUUGAGAGUCGAUCACUUUGUCAGCGACGUGGGAGAUGUCGUCUUCUACCAAACCGACCCCAGCUUGAGCGGCGACAAGUGGACCGGAACCGACAAGCAGAAGUGAUGAGAGACUGGAAACUGAAGUUACUACUGUUCAAGGAAGAAUGCAUGAUAGAGAUAGAGACAUCGAUAGCCUGCUGAGAAUAAGCAGAGGGUGCUUCCAGCUGAAACCAAAGCAUGGAAGCUCCGCAGCCAACAAACAGGAUGCGUUGAUUGGUUCAUCAUGAGACGAGAUUCAGAUCAUUUAUUAGAUCUAGCAUUCUCCCAUUGCGGUUGUAACUAGCAGAUGUUGUUUCAACUUUAUUACAAAUUUUGAAUGGAAUGCGGAACAGUGUAACAGAUUGAUUAAUUAUUAUCCAAAUCGAUAUUCUGGAA